CCUCUCUCGUCCUCAAUGAUGGCGCCAGCUUCUGGGCAGGUCGCCGCCAAGCUCGACAUUACGAGCAGCCUCGAGCAGGAGAUGACGGUGUCGAUCUUUGUCCUCGGGUUCGCCGUCGGCCCGCUGUUCUGGGGCCCGGCGAGCGAGAUCUUCGGUCGCAUCCGGGUUCUUCAGCUCGCCAACCUCCUGUACCUCAUCUUCAACCUCGUGUGCGCCUGGGCACCCAACAAGGCGGCUUUUAUCGUGUUUCGCUUCAUCGCCGGGCUCGGCGGCGGCGCGCCGCUGUCGGUCGGGGCGGGCGUCCUGUCCGACCUGUGGCGAGCCGAGGAGCGAGGCAAAGGCGCGGCGCUGUACAGCCUCGGGCCGCUUCUCGGACCUGCACUCGGACCCGUCAUGGGCGCGUGGAUCGUCGACAAGGUCCCGAACGACGGCUACCGCUGGAUCUUCAUCUCGACCACCAUCUUCUCGGCUCUCGUUCAGCUCAUCGGCCUCUUCGGGCUGCGCGAGACGUACGGGCCCGUCCUCCUUCGUCAGCAGGCGGCCGCGAUCAAGAAGAGCAUGGGCCUCCCGUUCGACUCGGACCGUGUCCAGACGAUUCACGAGGUCAAGUCGGGCCGCAAGUCGUACAGAUCGGUCGUCGUCCACGGCAUGCUGCGCCCGUUCGCCCUCAUCGCGACCGAGCCCAUCAUUCAGCUGUUCACCGCCUACCUGAGCCUCAUCUACGGCACCAUCUACCUCGUCUUGACGACGACCUCGGCCAUCUACCGUGGCGUCUACGGCCAGUCGGUCGGCAUCUCGGGCCUGCACUACCUCUCGCUCGCCCUCGGCUUCAUGAUCGCCUCGCAAGGAGGCGCACGAUACCUCGAUGUCAUCUACCGCAAGCUCACGGCCAAGGAGGGCAAAGGCCGACCCGAGUUCCGUCUUCCUCUCGUCAUUCCCGCCAGCAUCUUUCUCCCUCUCGGCCUCCUCAUGUACGGCUGGGGCGCAGAGAAGCGCAUCCACUGGAUCUUCCCGGAUGUCGGCCUCGUCCUUGUCGGCUUCUCCAUGAUUAUCAUCUUCCAAUCCAGCACGAGCUACCUCAUCGACCUGUACACUCUCCAUGCCGCAUCUGCUCUUGCAGCCACGAUCUGCUUUCGCAGCAUGGCUGGCUGCUUCUUUCCAUGGUUCGCGACGUACAUGUACGACGGCAUUGGCUACGGCUGGGGCUGCACCAUCCUCGCCGCCGUCGCCAUCAUCAUCGGCUGGCCCUCGACUCCCCUGUUGUGGUUCUACGGCGAGCGCAUCCGCUCUCGAAGCCGGUACGUGGCCAAGGCGGCGGCCAAGUAGAUUUAGACGAGCGACGCAAGAGCUGCAUCGAGUCGAUUUCUCCUUCUGUA